AUGGCUUCAUCUGGAAUUGUGAAGGCAAUGUGCUUGGUACUGAUUACGGUGGCCCUGGUGGCACCACUGGCCGAGGCAGCAGUCUCAUGCAACACAGUGGUGGGUAGCCUGAAACCCUGCUUCCCUUACGUGAUGGGUGGCAACAUGGUGUCGCCUGCCUGCUGUGGCGGAAUUAAGUCUCUCUAUGGUGCAGCCAAAACCACACCUGACCGCCAGUCGGUCUGCUCCUGCCUGAAAUCUCUGGUUGGAUCUAACAAGAGUAUCGACUUUGGAAAGGCCGCUGGCCUCCCUGGAAAAUGUGGUGUCAGUAUCCCAUAUAAGAUCGCCCCUUCCACUGAUUGCUCAAAGGUGCAUUAA